GUUUCUGUUCAGGGAUCAAAUUUGCUUAUACUUAAGAACAAUACGGUAGGUUUUUUUGAAAGUUGUGAAACAAUCAUGUAACAAUCAUGUCGAUGCCAGGAACCAUAGUGGUUUUCUUAAAAAACUCUGCUCUAUGUUUAUCAACACUCUUUCAAACACAAUGCCUCACAGUUAGCCCCUAUCUAAUUCAGCACGACUGCUUCAAACAUAUUUCAACCAACAAGAACACUUCUUCUAUGAAAAACACAUGGAAACUGCUUCUUCUAGACGCAAACGUCUUGAAACUCUUCUUUGCGCAAACCAGUCAAUGUCAGGACACCGAAAUCGACCUGAAACGGUUGUCGUUCUCUGACUGGUUGGCGAGCAUUGAUCCCUCCAUGGCAUUACAGCAGUAUUUGCCAUGCAUACAAGAGAGCUACGACACGGUCUCACAGAUUGCUACAACAUACACGAUCUUGAAGAACGGAGGUCAAGAGAAGACGCUGGAUCUCCAGCUGUUCGAUGACUUUGGAGUUGUGGAUGAUGAACACCAAGCCUUGUUCCGGAACUGGUUUGCACGCUUCUGUGGGGUAAGGGAGAUGGCGGAUGGCGAUAGCCUGUCAACGGAAGACCCUUCAACGCCACACUUUGGUCCUGAAGGAGAAGUGCAAACUGGAACUGCCAGCAACCUUCCUGGCAACUGUUCGGAGGAGGUGAAGGAAACAGCCACCGAGGUGCCCAGCGAAAAAGAUGCGAAGGUCCCAGCAGUCGCUUUGGACGCCAAAAUGGUUCAAGAGGAAGCUCUAAGCUCCCCCGUGAAGCAAUUGCAAAGAGAGGGGCAUGAAGCCAACCAGCAAGUAGAAGAGGUCGCGCAGCUUGUUGAGGCUGAGCAUCCACCCCCAGGUGGACAGAGUCCUCCUCAGGGUAAUGCGUUCUUCGAUUUCGAUGAUUUAUCAGCAGAACCGACUUUGCAGAAGACAGAAUUGGCCGAGAACCAAGCAAGAGAUGGCUCAGGAGGCAUGUUCGAUUUCGACGAGCUGGAGGAAAUAGCGCCCUCGGCGGCUGGCCUCAAGCUGCCUGGUGAUGUGGCCAAGGAGCAGGUCCAGGAGGAGGUUCAGGCUGAAGAUACGAAAGGACAAGCAGUGGAAGAGGCUGGCCAGGAUGAGCAGAAAGAGGAGAUGACUGAAGACACUGCAAAGGAGAAUGAUGAGGCUGAUGGAAAUACAAAGGAUGAUUCGAAGGAGAGGAUUCCGGAGGUGGAGAUGGAGGCUUCUAAUUUGCUUCACCAAUUUGACGAGAGCAUCAUCCCAGGCAACACCGAUGAGAGCGGAGAGCAGCCAGCUCAAAACCCUGAGACUUGGGGAGCAGACGUAGAUCAUGUUGAGACUGGGCGCGGUGGCUUUUUUGAUUUUGAUGAUUUGGACGAAGCCGAAGCAGGGUAACCUUCUGAAGUGGUGAGCUGAGCAGCUGCUCUCUGAAUCACAGCGGCAGCAUGGAAUGUGGGCAUGUUGAAGUGUGCAAAGGACCUCUGCAACAUGUCCGCUACAACAGGAUGCAUCUGGUGCAAAGUUGUUGGAUGUCGCCGAAUCCAUUUGAUAGGAUUCAUUCUCAGCGAGAGAUCAAAAA